CGCUGCCGUUGUUGUGAACGUUGUUAGCGCGUAUCUACAAGGUUGCUAGGUGCAAAGCCACUCGUUCCUAGAGGAAAUUUUAUCCUUGGAAAGAGGAAAUCAUCAUUUCCCCAUACGUCCACUAUCCACGUUAUUCGUCCUACGCUUUUGGUUUUGCAAACCGAUGCGCCCGGUGGCAUCGAAAGUGGACGCUCCCGGCAGUGUGCAACUUUCACUCUCUAUUGGACACUCGAGUCUACCGCAUCUUGUCGACAUUGACAUCGUCGACGUCAUCGCCAUCACCAACAACAAUGCCUCGGUUCAUAUAAAAUUUGGGAGUGAUAUUAGCUGUGUGCGAUUCGUUUUAGUCGGAACUCUCGGUCGCUACUGUCGGUCGGUCGUUCGGAUGUAGAAUCGGUAGAUUAGGGUCGAGUCGGUCAGACACUCGGACUGUCUCUUAUCAUGAGUGCAGUGACGUUGUCGUUUUCGUUGUCAGUGUCAUUGUCACUGUCGCUAUCGUUUCAUCGAAGUUGUUGUCUCUGUCGGAUGAAGCAUUGGGUCGCUGCUCCUCUUUCCCUUCACCGUGCCGCCAUUUCUUCGAUAUAUAUACAAAUCAAUUGCACUUCCUACUAUGUGUUGUUAUGUUCCGGUUUCCUAGUUUCGAAACAGAUAUUUUUCACCUAGGAGCUGACAUCAAUUUCGGUCGUUACUAUUAGUGAUGUCGCAAGGUGUCUACAUAUUUACGUACAUCUGCUGUUUCAUUUCGUGUCAUUGAACUAGUGGAUCGUUGUGUUUUGUUUUUGUGAUCACUUUUAACUUUUUAUGCGUGUAUACACACAUGUAUGCCGCGUUUAAAUUAUUCUACCUCAAGAAGGCAUUGUGGUCCACUACAUAUGCAUAAGAAACUGAAUACUAUUGAACAUAACUAUAUUAGUUUUUGAUACUAAUGGGCACAACUAAUUAAAGCAUAAGAUUCUGCUUUCUAAUUCGCGUCGGUUGCGUUGUAUAUUAAAAUUCGGUGUGAAUCAGUUCGGUGUGAAAAGUGAAAAACGUGACGAAUGCAUUCGAGACUUUCUUUGGAGCAUUCACAGCGUCACUUGCAACAUUUCAAUACCUCUCCGAAUUAUCAGAUUUUGGACAAGUGUCGCUGCAAAGUCCACCAUCUGCACAACAAUUGUCAUCAGCAAAUAUUGCAGCCUCCAGCGCAACAACCACAGCAAUUGCCACCACAAUUCCAUCUGCAACAACAACCUCAAAUUCCUCAUCAUCUGCAUCACCACCAUCAUCAUCACCACCAUCACCAUCAAACAUUUGUAGCCACUGCUUCUAGUUUUUCCGCUAGCUCUUCAUCUUUUUCUUCAUCGUCGGCGGCGACAUUGUCCUCAACAACUUCUAGCAUGUACCGGCGACAUAACAACCUCUCCUAUUGUGGCGUUUCGGCGCAGGAUGCUGGCCAAAAUUAUCAAGUGCAAUAUGUAGAUACAGAGUUGUAUCACGGCAAUUCCAGUCAAACGCAAAUGACGUAUCCUUUUUGCCCGGUCGGCGACUACCAAGCAAAUGGCCAAGCCUACUAUUCAACAGCGGCAACAAGCAAUUAUGCAACCGCAUCGGUUGCAAACACGCCCACCACACACGCGUCGUCAUUGCCAUAUUUGGUACCAGUUGAAGAGGGAUUAUUGCUCAAUACAUCGUCGCAAUCCCACAGUCGAGAUUCACCGCAUAGCUUAACGGAAGUGGCUUAUAUCCAAGAAACGCAGAGUACCCCACAAACCCCAACGUCUACCACAACAACGAACUCUGUAAGCGGUGGUAGUAUCGGCACUGGCGGUGGAGGUGCAUCACCAGACAGCGACCAAAAUGGACUUGGCACAACCAAUAAAGUUGCUUCUGCGACGAUCAAGUGGUUGUCACGUAACUACGAGACGGCUGAUGGAGUCAGUCUACCCCGUUCCACUCUGUACAAUCAUUAUAUACAGCACUGCAACGAGAACAAAUUGGAGCCGGUGAAUGCUGCCAGUUUCGGCAAACUAAUUCGUUCGGUGUUCUCUGGCUUGCGCACACGUCGUUUGGGCACACGCGGCAAUUCCAAAUAUCACUACUAUGGCAUACGCAUCAAACCGGAUUCCAUAUUAAACCAUAUGAUGGACGAAAAGCCGACGUAUUCAACACAUUCCGUAAAUGGAGUAGCGGGUAGCAUUGGACACUCAACUACCGGUGGUGUAGUUACAUCCAGCGGCGCAGGUGGUAGUUGCGGUAGUGGCAAUAUGUCGAACAAUGGCAAUCGCAGUUUGAAAAAAUUAAAUUUCAAACCAGAAACAUAUGAGACUUGUGCACAGUAUCUGGGCGAUGGUGCUGGCGCGAUUCCCACCUUUCCUCCUAUCGAGUUGGAUCAUACAUACAGCAACGAACUCUCACAAGAUGAUGUGGAAACAUUUCGUGCCAUGUAUCGUGAACACUGCGAGUCCUUUUUAGAUGCUGUGCUCAACCUGGAAUUUAGUACCAUUGAAUUUUUGUGGCGCGAGUUUUGGCGUGCGACCGACAACAACAAUAUGGACGAAUGCGAAGAGGAAAAGUAUCUGAGCAAGGCAAAACUGUAUUUGCUGUGCCAUUGCGCAGAAGUACAAAAGUUCAUCAAGGAGGUGGACUAUCAAUUCUACCAAAAUAUGGUUGAUGUAAUCAUUCCCGAUGUGUUGCGCUCCAUUCCGAAUGCUUUGACACAGGCCAUUCGUAAUUUUGCCAAAAACUUGGAACUUUGGUUGUGCGAGUCUAUGGUUGGAGUGCCAGAUCGUCUGGUACAAAUAAAAUCAUCAGCGGUGUCAGCUUUUUGUCAAACUUUACGCCGCUACACAUCGCUCAACCAUUUGGCACAGGCUGCUCGUGCUGUUCUCCAGAAUGGCUCGCAAAUCACUCAAAUGCUGAACGACUUAAAUCGUGUGGACUUCCAUAAUGUGCAGGAACAAGCUGCUUGGGUAUGCCAGUGUGAGCCGGCGGUCGUUCAACGUUUGGAGAAUGAUUUUAAAGCUGCACUACAACAACAAAGUUCGCUAGAACAAUGGGCCUCAUGGUUGCAACUGGUUGUGGAUUCUGCUCUACAGGAGUAUCGUGGCAAGCCAAGCUACGCCAAGGCAGCACGUCAAUUCCUACUCAAGUGGAGUUUCUACAGCUCCAUGGUAAUACGUGACCUGACAUUACGUUCUGCUUCCAGUUUCGGUAGCUUUCAUUUAAUACGUUUGCUAUAUGAUGAGUAUAUGUUUUACCUGGUGGAGCACAAAAUAGCUGAAGCGCAACAAAAAACGACAAUUGCAGUUAUCUGCGAUCGAAUGCACAAAGAUAUUGAUUUUGAAUUCGAUUACCAGUUGGAAUUUAUCAGCGAGAGUCACGAACAGCAGCAACAACAACAACUUAGUUCAUCCAAUAUCAACAAUGCUUCUUCCUCCGUCGGCAAUUCUGCGAAGCGUCUGAAGCAUGAAUGAGUGAGUGCUGGCUUGGGGCAGCAGAGUGUACACAGGACCGCAACCACCAGUAUUCAAUGCAGCGACGUUGGCGUUUUGCAGGCAAAGUUCGCCGAAUAUCUUUGUUUAUUGGCGUCCUUAUAGUGGUGACAGUCAUAACGUAACAAAAAAUCCGGGAACAUAUAUUUUCUACUUCUGCAACGCAAGGAAUUCCAGGCAUUUAAACAUUGAAAUAUUAAAAAAAAUAAUAAUAGCAUAUAAAAUUUACAUAAUUCAUAGGACUUUUUCACGUACAUAUGUAUUAUUUAAAUAGAAGGUAAGCAACUAUUACUUGUAAUUGCCACCAUAUAGUGUUAAGCCGUCCAGAUAAGGAAAAUUGUCGAUCGCCGCGGUUACCCACCUUCAUCGGUUUUAUUUGUCGGUGUAUAUGAAAACAAGCUAUUUACAGAGUGUGAAGUAAUUUCUCUGAACUUGAUUGACGAUAAUAAUUACAUAUUGUCCAUAUAUACAUAUCGUCGCUACCAUGUCAAACUAUCGAAUGUGCAAAAAUUAUUUUUCAAUUACGACACCUUGCGCAUGCGUUUAGAAUGAUACGCAAGUUGCCAAAUAGUCAAAUUUCGAGUCUACUUAGAAGCAUUGCUUUAACAAAGUGUAGAUUCCCUCACUUUUUACUAAUAAAAAACAACCAUUUUUACAACAGUUUUUUUGCUUUCCUAAAAAGUACCCAUUUUCAUAUUCGAUAGUUUGACAUGGUAGCGACGAUAUGUAUGUGCUGUUUGUAUAACUUUCAUGUUUACGUGUCAUAUGCAUAAUAAUUAUAUAUGUUUGUAUGUAUAUCUGUUGCAGUUAUAAUAUGCAUAUACAUAUGUGAAUGUAUGUAUGUACAUAUAUAUAUAAGAAAUCGUCUAAUAUCAGUUUUGUAAGGUUUCACUAAGAAUGAAUGUUGGUGUUUUUCGGGCAAAGACACUUGUAACUCACCAGAGAAAACAGAGGACUAGCCCACUGUUGCUAUUUUUAACUAUACUUUGAAUGACUAAUAAACUGAAAAACAACAUCAAAAUAUA